AUGAAUGCUCUUAAAGAAACAGAGAACCUGUUUAAGUCAAGUCUUUUCCGUAUGCAGGUUUGUAUAGUAACUGGAUAGAUAACCAUAAAAGGUACAAUGUAAUCUUGAAGAUCUAGGGUUUUGGUAUUAGUGUAGAUCAGCACCUGCAGGCUGAGAACAACAGGAAAGGCACAGACAACAUUGUUUACUUCACUUGACAGGGCUCGAAAUUGCGACUAAUACGGUCGCCAAUUCAACUAACAUCUUCUCCUUGGAGGCUAAAAAUUCUGGUUUAGUCACCAAAGUGGCGACCAGAUUUCUCUACGCUUUAGAUUCGAAUUAAAAGAGUAAAGUUAAAACAAACAUUUCAUAUCAUCUUGCUUUGUUUUCAUCAUAGAAAAUGUGCCAAAUCGCAUAAACAAAGCCAGUUUACCUCCAAAUAUAUACCGACUUCUAUCGAUGAUAUUUUCAAAUCUGAUGGAUCGCACCAUACUAUUUAGGGCCUCUGACAGGUUGCGGAAAAAAGUCAAAUUUCGCGGGAUUAUUAGGGACAAAUUCGCGAAAAUAUCGGCCAAUUUCAAGGGAAUUUUUGGGGCAAACUUCGCCGAAAAGCAUGUGCAGUUGGUAAAAAAACAGCCAAUUUUGUGGUUAUUUUCAGGAAAAAUUAGCUAGAAAUCGAUCGGUUUGGCGCUGAUCAGACCAGCAUUUUUAACGUUUUUCUAACAGAGGUCAUCUUUAAUUUGCUCUUUCAACAACCAUACACUCCAGAAAUAAACCAAUGCCAAAGCCUUUAACAUCAUGGCUAGUGCCCAGUUUUUCACAACAUAAUUUCGCCUGGUAGUUUCGGGACGUUGUUUGCACAUUUCAGUGACGAAGUUUCAAGACACAUUUGCUGAGAUAAGUUUCAAAUAUGUUGUACAGACAUGUAUUUGAUAAGAUUUCUACAGAAUUUUGAGGUAUUUUGUGUGCUUUUGUGAAUUUAGAGGAUGUACCUGAAUUUCUCGGCUUCGCGACCGCGCAAAAUAUCACAAGCCCUUAGCUGCGUCAUUUACAAUAUGCAAACUGGCAACUAAAAAUUUGCAUCUGGCGACUAUAUUUCUCCAGUUGGUCGCCAAAAGGCGACCUGAAGAUUUUUUUGCUUUCGAGCCCUGUUGUAGAUAAAAAUUAAAGAAGCCUUGAAAGACUACAAGAAUGUCUGUUUAUUAACAACACAAAAUUAGAAUUUUUGCAAAGGGGUUAGUCCAUCAUCUUGGUCAAAAAUUUGAGAUUUCUUAAACUUUGAUUUUAAUGCAAAAUAGACCAAGAAAAAGUAUCUAGGAACGUUCUAGUUAGAAAAAAGUUUCUGACAUCCUUUGUAACCUUCUGUCACCCCAUGUAACCCCUGUAACCCCUUGUAACCCCCUGUAACCCCUUGUAACCCCUUGUAACCCCCUGUCACCCCUUGUAACCCCCUGUCACCCCUUGUAACCCCUUGUAACCCCCUGUCACCCCUUGUAACCCCCUGUCACACCUUGUAACCCCCUGUCACCCCUUGUAACCCCCUGUCACCCUUUGUAACCCCUGUAACCCCUUCUAACCCCCUGUAUUCCCAUGUAAUAGAUCGUGAAAAUAAAUCGUGAAAAAACGAUUUUCAACGUUUUAUAUAGUAAACAAGCCUUUCUGGACAAUGAAAACAUCAGUUCAAAAACCCACAAAAUUGGCAUUUUUCCAAAGUGGCUAGUCCAUGGUUUUGGUGAAAAAUUUGAAAUUUUGUUAACAUUUCGUUUCUUGCAAAAUAAACUGAGAAAAAGUAUUUGGUGACGUUCUCAUUACAAAACGAGCCUUUCAAGACAAUACAAACAUGCAUUUAAAAAGAACGCAAAAUUGGCAUUUUUCCAAAGGGGAUAGUCCAUGAUUUUGGUCAAAAAGUCGAAGUUUUUUCAUCUUUUGUGUUUAUCAAAAAUAGAUCGAAGAAAAGAGUUCGCUGAUGUUGUAGAGAAAGAAGAAGCUUUGAAAGACUACAAGAAUAUCUGUUUAAUAAAAACGCAAAAUUAGAAUUUUUGCAAAAAGUUUAGUCCUUUCUUUUGGUCAAAAAUUUGACAUUUCUUCAACUUUGAUUUUUAUCAAAAAUAGACCAAGAAAAAGUAUCUGGGAACCUUCUAGUUAGAAAAAAGUUGCUCAAAUCUUUUAUAACCCCCUGUAACCCUUUGUAACCCCCUGUCACCCCUUGUAACCUUCUGUAACCCCUUGUAACCCCCUGUUCCCCUAUAACCCCUUGUAACCUUCUUCACCCCCUGCCACCCCUUUUAACUCCCUAUCACCCCUUGUAACCCCCUGUCACUCCCUGUAACCCCUUGUAACCCCAUGUCACCCCUUGUAACCCCCUGUAACCUCUUGUAACCCCCUGUCACCCCUUGUAACCUCCUGUCACCCCUUGUAACCCCCUGUCACUCCUUGUAACCCCUUGUAACCCUCUGUCACCCCUUGUAACCCCCUGUAACCCUUUGUAGCCCCCUGUAACCCCUUGUAACCCCCUGACACUCCUUGUAACCUCCUGUAACCCCUUGUAACCUUCUGUUACCCUUGUAACCUCCUGUCACCCCUUGUAACCCAUUGUAACCCCUGUCACCCCUUGUAACCCCCGUAACCUACUGUAACCCCUGGUAACCUCCUGUCACCCCUUGUAACCUUUUGUAACCCCCUGUAACCCCUUGUAACCCCCUGUCAUCCCCUGUAACCCCUUGUAACCCCCUCUAAUUUCUUGUAACCCUCUUCACCCCAUGUCACCCCUUUUAACUCCCUGUCACCCCUUGUAACCCCUUGUAACUCCUUGUAACCUUUUGUAACCCUUUUUAACCCCGUGUCACCCCCUGUCACCCCUUGUAACCCCCUGUCAUCCCCUGUAACCCCUUGUAAUUUCCUCUAAUCCCUUGAAACCCUCUUCACCCCCUGUCACCCCUUUAAACUCCCUGUCACCCCUUGUAACCCCUUGUAACCCCCUGUCACCCUUCGUAACCCCCUGUCACCCCUUGUAACCUGCUGUCACUCCUUGUAACCCCCUGAAACCCCUUGUAACCCUCUGUCACCCCUUGUUAACCUCUGUAACCCCUUGUAACGCCCUGUAACCCUUUGUAGCCCCCUGUCACCCUUGUAACCUCCUGUCACCCUUUGUAACCUUUUGUAACCCCCUGUAACCCCUUCUAACCCCCUGUCACCCCUUGUAACCUUCUGUAACCCCUUAUAAACCCCUGUAACCCCUUGUAACCCCCUGUCACACCUUGCAACCUUUUGUAACCCCCUGUCAUCCCCUGUAACCCCCUUGUAACCCCUUGUAACCCCUUGUAACCCUUUGUAGCCCCCUGUCACCCUUGUAACCCCCUGUCACCCCUUGUAACCCCCUGUCAUCCCCUGUAACCCCUUGUAAUUUCCUCUAAUCCCUUGAAACCCUCUUCACCCCCUGUCACCAGGGUUUUUGUUAAGAUUUGAAGUCGCAGGGACAAAUGUAGCAAUAGCAGGGACGAAAUAUGGCGGUGGAGCCACCAUCUUGGCACGCAGUACCAAGUUGGGGUAGGUGUGGGAGGGGGGUCGUCGCUACUCUACUGGGGGGGUUGGGGGCCACUCCCUAGAAAAUUUUAGAAUUUUUGAGGCCCCAGGGUGCAUUUUGGGCCAUACUACGGCAAACCAUGGUGCAAAACAACACGUAUAAACUGUAAUGUUCCACAUUGUUAUUCGGUUUGGGUUUAACAACAGGGAAUAAAAUUAUGAACAUCUAUAAGCGCAGCCUUAAAAAAUAGCCGGGACGAAAAUUGAAAUAGCCAAGUAAAAGUCCUGGUGUCCCGGGUCUAACAAAAACCCUGCUGUCACCCCUUUAAACUCCCUGUAACCCCUUGUAACCCCUUGUAACCCCUUGUAACCCCCUGUCACCCUUCGUAACCCCCUGUCACCCCUUGUAACCUGCUGUCACUCCUUGUAACCCCCUGAAACCCCUUGUAACCCUCUGUCACCCCUUGUUAACCUCUGUAACCCCUUGUAACGCCCUGUAACCCUUUGUAGCCCCCUGUCACCCUUGUAACCUCCUGUCACCCUUUGUAACCUUUUGUAGCCCCCUGUAACCCCUUGUAACCCCCUGUCACCCCUUGUAACCUUCUGUAACCCCUUAUAAUCCCCUGUAACCCCUUGUAACCCCCUGUCACCCCUUGCAACCUUUUGUAACCCCCUGUCAUCCCCUGUAACCCCCUUGUCACCCCUUGUAACCCCUUGUAACCCUUCGUUACCCCCUGUCACCCCUUGUAACCUCCUGUCACCCCUUGUAACCCUCUGUCACCCCUUGUAACCCUUGUAACCCCCUGUCACCCUUUGUAACCUUUUGUAACCCCCUGUAACCCCUUGUAACCCCCUGUCACCCCCUGUCACCCCUUGUAACCCCCUGUCACCCCUUGUAACCUUCUGUAACCCCUUGUAACCCCUCUGAUCCCUUCUAACCUUUUUCACCCCCUGCCACCCCGUUUAACUCCCUGUCACCCCUUGUAACCCCCUGUCACCCCUUGUAACCCCCUGUCACCCCUUGUAACCCCCUGUAACCUCUUGUAACCCCCUGUCACCCCUUGUAACCUCCUGUCACCCCUUUUAACCCCCUGUCACCCCUUGUAACCCCCUGUAACCUCUUGUAACCCCCUGUCACCCCUUGUAACCUCCUGUCACCCCUUUUAACCCCCUGUCACCCCUUGUAACCCCCUGUAACCCCUUGUAACCCUCUGUCACCCCUUGUAACCCCCUGUAACCCUUUGUAGCUCCCUGUCACCCGUUGUAACGCCCUGACACUCUUUAUAACCUCCUGUAACCCCUUGUAACCUUCUGUUGCCCUUGUAACCUGUCACCCCUUGUAACCUUCUGUUGCCCUUGUAACCUCCUGUCACCCCUUGUAACCCGUUGUAAUCCCUUGUAACCCCUUGUAAUCCCUUGUAACCCCCUGUUACCCCUUGUAACCCCCCGUAACAUCUUGUAACCUACUGUAAUUCUUGUAACCUCCUGUCACCCCUUGUAACCUUUUGUAACCCCUUGUGACCCCCUGUCACCCCUUUUAACUCCCUGUCACCCCUUGUAACCUUUUGUAACCCCCUGUCGCCUCUUGUAACCCCCUGUAACCGUUCGAAAGCCCCUGUCACCCCUUGUAACCCCAUGUAACUUCUUGUAACCUCCUGUCACCCCUUGUAACCUCCGGUCACUCAUUCUAACCCCCUGUAACCUCUUGUAACCCUCGGUCACCCCUUGUAACCCUCUGUAACCUCUUGUAACCCCCUGUAACCCUUUUUUGCCCCGUCACCCCUUGUAACCCCCUGACACUCCUUGUAACCUCCUAUAACCCUUUGUAACCCCCUGUCACACCUUCUAACCCCUUGUAAUCCCCUGUAACCCCUUGUAAUCCCCUGUCACCCCUUGUAACCCCCUGUAACCUCAUGUAACCUUCUGUAACCCUUGUAACCUCCCGUCACCCCUUGUAACCUUUUGUAUCCCCUUGUAACCCCCUGUAACCCCUUGUAACCUUCUGUCACCCCUUGUAACCCCCUGUAACCCUUUGUAGCCCCCUGUCACCCCUUGUAAGCCCCUGACACUCCUUGUAACCUUCUGUAACCCCUUGUAACCUUCUGUUGCCCUUGUAACCUCCUGUGACCCCUUGUAACCUUCUGUUGCCCUUGUAACCUCCUAUCACCCCUUGCAACCCCUUGUAAUCCCCUGUAAUCCCUUGUAACCCCUUGUAACCCCCCGUAACAUCUUGUAACCUACUGUAAUCCUUGUAACCCCCUGUCACCCCUUGUAACCUUUUGUAACCCCCUGUAACCCCUUGUGACCCCCUGUAACCUCUUGUAACCUACUGUAAUCCUUGUAACCCCCUGUCACCCCUUGUAACCUUUUGUAACCCCCUGUCACCCCUUGUAACCCCCUGUCACCCCUUGUAACCUUUUGUAACCCCCUGUCGCCUCUUGUAACCCCCUGUAACCGUUCGAAAGCCCCUGUCACCCCUUGUAACCCCCUGUAACUUCUUAUAACCUCCUGUCACCCCUUGUAACCUCCGGUCACUCCUUCUAACCCCCUCUAACCUCUUGUAACCCUCGGUUACCCCUUGUAACCCUCUGUAACCCCUUGUAACGCCCUGUAACCCUUUUUUGCCCCCUGUCUCCCUUGUCACCCCCUGACACUCCUUGUAACCUCCUAUAACCCCUUAUAACCCCCUGUCACACCUUGUAACCCCUUGUAAUCCCCUGUAACCCCUUGUAAUCCCCUGUCACCCCUUGUAACCCCCUGUAACCUCUUGUAACCUUCUAUAACCCUUGUAACCUCCUGUCACCCCUUGUAACCUUUUGUAACCCCUUGUAACCCCCUGUCACCCCUUGUAACCCCCUAUAACUCCAUGUAACCCCUUGCCAUCCGCUGUCACCCCUUGUAACCCUCUGUGACCCCUUUUAAUCCCCUGUUGCCCAUUCUAAUUUCUUCUAACCCCCUGUAUUCCUAUGUAAUAGAUCGUGAAAUUGAAUUGUAAAAAACAAUUUUCCGCAGUUCAUAUAGCAAAGAAGCCUUUCUGGACGAUGAAAACGUCAGUUUCAAAAAACCACAAAAUUGGCAUUUUUCCAAAUGGGUUAGUCCAUGGUUUUGGUGAAAAAUUUGAAAUCUUGUUAACGUUUCGUUUUAUACAUAAUACACCGAGAAAAAGUAUUUGGUUACGUUCUCGCUACAAAAGAAGCCUUUUUAGACAAUACAAACAUCGAUUUAAAAAGAACGCAACACUGUUAUUUUUCCAAAGGCGAUACUCCAUGAUGUUGCUUAAAAACUUGAAGUUUUUUCUGAUUUUGUGUUUAUCGAAAAUAGAUCGAGAAAAAGUGUUUGCUGACGUUCUAGUUAAAAAAAGAAGCCUUGAAAGACUACCAGAAUAUCUGUUUAUUAAAAACGCAAAAUUAGAGUUUUUGCAAAGGGGUUAGUUCAUCGUUUUGGUAAAGAAUUUGAGAUUUCUUCAACUUUCAUUUUUAUGCAAAAUAGACCAAGAAAAAGUAUUUGGCAACGUUCUAGUUAGAAAAAAGUUCCUGACAUCCUUUGUAACCCCCUUUCACCCCUUGUAACCCCCUGCUACCCUUUGUAACCCCCUGUAACCUCUUGUAACCCCCUGUAACCCUUUUUAAUCUCCUGUAUUAACCCUUUUGUAACCCCCUGUCACCCCCUGUAACCCUUUGUAACCCCCUGUCACCCCAUGUCACCCCUUGUAACCCCCUGUCACCCCUUGUAACCCCCUCUCACCCCUUGUAACCCCCUGUCAUCCCCUGUAACCCCUUGUAAUUUCCUCUAAUCCCUUGUAACCCUCUUCACGCCCUGUCUCCCCUUUAAACUCCCUGUCACCCCUUGUAACCCCUUGUAACCCCCUGUCACCCCUUGUAACCCCCUGUCACCCUUCGUAACCCCCUGUCACCCCUUGUAACCUCCUGUCACUCCUUGUAACCCCCUGAAACCCCUUGUAACCCUCUGUCACCCCUUGUUACCCUCUGUAACCCCUUGUAACGCCCUGUAACCCUUUGUAGCCCCCUGUCACCCUUGUAACCUCCUGUCACCCUUUGUAACCUUUUGGAACCCCCUGUAACCCCUUCUAACCCCCUGUCACCCUUUGUAACCUUCUGUAACCCCUUGUAAUCCCCUGUAACCCCUUGUAACCCCCUGUCACCCCUUGUAACCUUUUGUAACCCCCUGUCAUCCCCUGUAACCCCCUUGUAACCCCUUGUAACCCCUGUAACCCUUUGUAGCCCCCUGUCACCCCUUGUAACCCCUUGUAACCCUCUGUCACCCCUUGUAACCCUUGUAACCCCCUGUCAACCUUUGUAGCCUUUUGUAACCCCCUGUAACCCCUUGUAACCCCCUGUCACCCCCUGUCACCCCUUGUAACCUUUUGUAACCCCUUGUAACCCCCUGUAACCCCUUGUAACCUUCUGUCACCCCUUGUAACCCCCUGUAACCCUUUGUAGCCCCCUUUCACCCCUUGUAAGCCCCUGACACUCCUUGUAACCUUCUGUAACCCCUUGUAACCUUCUGUUGCCCUUGUAACCUCCUGUCACCCCUUGUAACCUUCUGUUGCCCUUGUAACCUCCUGUCACCCCUUGUAACCCGUUGUAAUCCCCUGUAAUCCCUUGUAACCCCCUGUCACCCCUUGUAACCCCUCGUAACAUCUUGUAACCUACUGUAAUCCUUGUAACCCCCUGUCACCCCUUGUAACCUUUUGUAACCUCCUGUAACCCCUUGUGACCCCCUGGCACCCCUUUUAACUCCCUGUCACCCCUUGUAACCCACUGUCACCCCUUGUAACCUUUUGUAACCCCCUGUCGCCUCUUGUAACCACCUGUAACCGUUCGGAAGCCCGUCACCCCUUGUAACCCCCUGUAACUUCUUGUAACCUCCUGUCACCCCUUGUAACCUCCUGUCACCCCUUGUAACCUCCGGUCACUCCUUCUAACCCCCUGUAACCUCUUGUAACCCUCGGUCACCCCUUGUAACCCUCUCUAACCCCUUGUAACCCCCUGUAACCCUUUUUAGCCCCCUGUCACCCCUUGUAACCCCCUGACACUCCUUCUAACCUCCUAUAACCCCUUGUAACCCCCUGUCACACCUUGUAACCCCUUGUAAUCCCCUGUCACCCCUUGUAACCCCCUGUAACCUCAUGUAACCUUCUGUAACCUUUGUAACCUCCUGUCACCCCUUGUAACCUUUUGUAACCCUUGUAACCCCCUGUAACCCCUUGUAACCUUCUGUCACCCCUUGUAACCCCCUGUAACCCUUUGUAGCCCCCUGUCACCCCUUGUAAGCCCCUGACACUCCUUGUAACCUUCUGUAACCCCUUGUAACCUUCUGUUGCCCUUGUAACCUCCUGUCAUCCCUUGUAACCUUCUGUUGCCCUUGUAACCUCCUGUCACCCCUUGUAACCUUCUGUUGCCCUUGUAACCUCCUGUCACCCCUUGUAACCCCUUGUAAUCCCCUGUAAUCCCUUGUAACCCCCUGUCACUCCUUGUAACCUCCUAUAACCCCUUGUAACCCCCUGUCACACCUUGUAACCCUUUGUAACCCCGUAACAUCUUGUAACCUAGUGUAAUCCUUGUAACCCCCCUUUCACCCCUUGUAACCUUUUGUAACCCCUGGUGACCCCCUGGCACCCCUUUUAACUCCCUGUCACCCCUUGUAACCUUUUGUAACCCCCUGUCGUCUCUUGUAACCCCCUGUAACCGUUCGGAAGCCCCUGUCACCCCUUGUAACCCCCUGUAACUUCUUGUAACCUCCUGUCACCCCUUGUAACCUCCGGUCACCCCUUCUAAUCCCCUGUAACCUCUUGUCACCCUGGGUCACCCCUUGUAACCCUCUGUAACCCCUUGUAACCCCCUGUAACCCUUUUUUGCCUCCUGUCUCCCUUGUAACCCCCUGACACUCCUUGUAACCUCCUAUAACCCCUUGUAACCCCCUGUCACACCUUGUAACCCUUUGUAAUCCCCUGUAACUCCUUGUAAUCCCCUGUCACCCCUUGUAACCCCCUGUAACCUCAUGUAACCUUCUGUAACCCUUGUAACCUCCAUUCACCCCUUGUAACCUUUUGUAACCCCUUGUAACCCCCUGUAACCCCUUGUAACCUUCUGUCACCCCUUGUAAGCCCCUGACACUCCUUGUAACCUUCUGUAACCCCUUGUAACCUUCUGUUGCCCUUGUAACCUCCUGUCACCCCUUGUAACCUUCUGUUGCCCUUGUAACCUCCUGUCACCCCUUGCAACCCCUUGUAAUCCCCUGUAAUCCCUUGUAACCCUCUGUCACCCCUUGUAACCCCCUGACACUCCUUGUAACCUCUAUAACCCCUUGUAACCCCCUGUCGCACCUUGUAACCCCUUGUAAUCCCUUGUAACCCCUUGUAAUUUCCUGUCACCCCUUGUAACCUUUUGUAACCCCUUGUAACCCCCUGUAACCUCUUGUAAUGCCCUGUCACCCCUUGCAAGCUCCUGUAACCCCUUGUAACCUUCUGUAACUCAUUGUAACCCCUUGUCACCCCCUGUAACCCCUUGUAACCCCCUAUAACUCCCCCCUUUGCCAUCCGCUGUCACCCCUUGUAACCCCCUGUGACCCCUUUUUUUUAAUCCCCUGUCGCCCAUUCUAAUUUCUUCUAACCCCCUGUAUUCCUAUGUAAUAGAUCGUGAAAUUAAAUUGUAAAAAACAAUUUUCCGCAGUUCAUAUAGCAAAGAAGCCUUUCUGGACGAUGAAAACGUCAGUUCAAAAACCCACAAAAUUGGCAUUUUUCCAAAUGGGUUAGUCCAUGGUUUUGGUGAAAAAUUUGAAAUUUUGUUAACGUUUCAUUUUAUACAUAAUAUUCCGAGAAAAAGUAUUUGGUUACGUUCUCGCUACAAAAGAAGCCUUUUUAGACAAUACAAACAUCGAUUUAAAAAGAACGCAAAACUGUUAUUUUUCCAAAGGUGAUACUCCAUGAUGUUGCUUAAAAACUUGAAGUUUUUUCUGAUUUUGUGUUUAUCGAAAAUAGAUCGAGAAAAAGUGUUUGCUGACGUUCUAGUUAAAAAAAGAAGCCUUGAAAGACUACCAGAAUAUCUGUUUAUUAAAAACGCAAAAUUAGAAUUUUUGCAAUGGGGUUAGUUCAUCGUUUUGGUAAAGAAUUUGAGAUUUCUUCAACUUUCAUUUUUAUGCAAAAUAGAUCAAGAAAAAGUAUUUGGGAAUGUUCUAGUUAGAAAAAAGUUCCUGACAUCCUUUGUAACCCCCUUUCACCCCUUGUAACCCCCUGCUACCCUUUGUAACCCCCUGUAACCUCUUGUAACCCCCUGUAACCCUUUUUAAUCUCCUGUAUUAACCCUUUUGUAACCCCCUGUCACCCCCUGUAACCCUUUGUAACCCCCUGUCACCCCAUGUCACCCCUUGUAACCCCCUGUCACCCUUUGUAACCCCCCGUCACCCUAUGUCACCCCUUUUAUCCCUAUGUGAAAGGGGGUAGAUAGUAUUAAAAACUCCGUUUUUACCAAAUUUACAUCGAGAUAUCACAUUAAUAGGACACAAUAGGGCCAUUUAUACGAGGAAAAAUAAGACGCGUCUUAAAUAAGACGCGAACUGUACCAUUUAUACGAGCAUGUCUUAUCUAAUAAGACGCGUCUUAGCUAAGCCGCGUCUUAUUUUAGACGAAAUGUGCCGUUUAUAGGGAAAGUUUGCGUCUUAUUUAAGACGCGUCCUAUGUAAGACGCGUCUUAUUUUUCCUCGUAUAAAUGGCCCUAAUGUGAUAAAGGAACGUUUAAAUGAAAAUCAAAGUGAGUAAGCAGUCUAAGCACAAGUUAAACAUCCACUAUCGCGGUUCUCUGUGAGGAAGUCGAACUCAGCAACACACGUACUGCUUACGUUAUGCACAUUCCCAACACAUUGAAUCUCACCUCGGCAAGACACAACCGCAAGCAAAAAUUCCAAUAGCGUUUCUCUUCAGUCAACUUCAUUUUAAUAAUGUUACUUCACAUGCUCUUUUUUGUGGCGGCCAUCUUGUUAUGCGCAGUGCAAAACCAGGGAAUCACCUUAACUUUGUUUCUAAUUCCUCCACCUUUGCAGUAAGGUCUUUCUUUAAACACAUGUACAUAUGUGCUCAAUGUCGGUCUGAAUAAUUUUCGUUAGCACUUAAAUUUUUUGCCACUUUUUGGAUAUGUGAGAAUAAAUUAGGCUGAUGGUAUUAAUAACGUUUUCUUUGUCAGAUAACUGAGCUUCUCUCAGAAGUACAACCAAAAAAGAGCAGAAACAAAGCUCUUGAUGAAGUUUUGCAUGAACUGAAUGCACUCUUGUUGUCUUUACCAGAUGGCAAAAAGGAACAUGAGGUACAGAUGAACACGUACAUGUACAUAUGAAAUUAUGCUGUCUUUAUAGUUAUAUAUUUUUUUAAUGUGUUUGUACACCAGCUAAUAUGUGUUUAUUUUCUGGCCAAAAUUUGUUACUUUUUUCUCCCUUUGAUCGGAUUCUAUCUUUUAUUAAUUUAUUUACCUCUCAGACUCUUUACGACUUUGUAACAAUAAUCAUUAAUUAUUAGUAUAAUGAAUACUAUAUAUAAGUACAAUAAUAUUAUUAUACUGCUAGGUCAUGGUUUUCUUCAAGGUUUUUUGAAACCUUAAAAGUAGAUGGAGGUUUUUGUGAAGUACACUGAUCCAAAUCACCCACCUUUGGGCAUCUCUGGAGUAGGCCCAUUUUUGCGUGAGCAAUAAGUGUCCAAAACAUUCAUUUUUUCUUGUCAUAUUUAAAGAACAGGAAAACCGUUUCUGGCGAGCACUUCCAAAACUUUUUUCAGUCACCAGAUGCCACCUGUACCAAACAGUUAAUUUCAAACCCUGCUUUCAAUAAUAAUUGUCUCUUAACCCUAUUACUAGCUGUAUUCAUUAUGACUGUAAUGAUUAUCAUGCAAAAUGAGGGCUAGGAGACAAAUAUUUUUAAAACUGAGAAGGCAAACAGGAUCGAACCAUUUUUUAACCUCAAUUUAAUGUUGACAUUCAGCAUUCAUCUCAAGGAGUGUUAAUCUAGGCAGUCUGAUCAAUUGACGUUACAGAAGUAGCAGUGCUUAACAUACUCUGUUAGUUAAUGUAGUGGUUUUCUUUUUAUGAUGUAGGUAUCAGAUCAUUCAUGGCUACCAAAAGGAGCCAAAUUUCCCCUUCCAUCACCUCCUGCUCCAGUGAAAGGAAAAUUUCGUUUUCAGAGACCUGCCAGUGUUAAAGUUGUAGGAAGUUAUCUUCUUGGCACUGUAACAAAACCAGAUUUGAAUGUGGAUAUUGCAGUUCAAAUGCCAAAGGUAAUUAAGGAGAUUUGAGAAUUUUACAGGAAAAUCUAUCCCCAUUGUUUACAAGAUCCUUUGUUUUUGGUUUAUGGGUCUCAUCUUCACUUACAUGUAAAGGGCCAGUUGGUUGUUCAAAUUUUGGUGUUUGAGGAUGUGGCUAAGGAAAAUUAAAGCUUUGCCAUGUAAGCAGGCUUUCUUAUUAGUCAAGCUGGCUUUUUUACUCAACUGCACCCUCCAAAUUGCCACAUAUCUUUGUCUUCCAUGAGCCAUUAGUAAGAUGUUUUUCAGCAGGUAAAAAUUAGCCCACAGCCAGCUCUAAGCAACAUGACUGUCUGUUUUUGGAAAACAUGUUCCCUACCCCUUGUAUUUUUUACCCUUUCAGCUAAUGGUGCAUGCUAAACAUAUGCUGUAACAUGCUUAAUGUUGUUACAAAAGUUAAUGGUAUUUUUAACACCACCACUCACUUUGUUAUUAUUAAACAAUUAAUGUUGUUACUUUAAAGUUAAUGGUGUGUUUACACACCACCACACCACAGUCACUUUGUUAUUUUAUUAAUAACAAUUAUUAAACUCAUCGCCAAUCAAGAUGAGUUUGGGAACUGGUGCCUUAAAGGUUAAAUGGGCCUCAGCCAUAGCCAGGAGGUAUCCAUUAUUAUUAUUAAUUAUUAACAAUAAUUAUAAUUUAUUGCCUAUUAUUUAUUGCUCUUCACCUCAGGAGUGUUUCCAGCCAAAGGAUUACCUGAACUUAAGAUACCAUCACAAACGAGCUCUUUACCUGUCAACCAUAGCAUCACAUCUGAAAAGGAGCUCUUUGUUUGAGAGUGUUAAGUUUAGUCACAUGAAUGCAGAGGUGUUGAGACCAAUCCUGCUUCUUAAACCCAAAGGUGAAACAUUUAUUAAAAAUAUUUAGUUUGCCCACCAGCUAAAAUCAACCCCAGCUAGUGAUUACAAGUUGGUCUCAAAGUUAUUCAUUGUAGAGCUAGUAAUGAAAUUAAUAGAGUCAGGACAAAUGAAAAAUUUAUAUCAUUCAGCAUAUUUGUGCUAACUCAUCACAAUUUUGGUUUUGUAUGAACAGCUGUAUAACAGGUUUUUUGACAAAAUUUUAGGAGCAUUUCAUAGCUCCUGUACAGGUAGUCUAAUGACUUGCUUAAAUGCUGAGGCUGGUGUAUUCUUCCUUCACAUUUAGUGUUAGACUUGAAUUUUGAGAAAAAUGCAUGCUAGUUCUUGUAAAGUCUUACAAAAUUAAUGUAGUCUUUCAUUACCAUUCAAUACCCUCACAAUGAGAAGAUAACAUGUUGAGCCUUAGUUAGUGAAAAUCUUUCAAGGGUAUACUAUUCACACUAUGCUAAAUCAUGAAAAGGCAAUUAUGGUAUUUACUGAUGUGCAUAUUAUUGUGAGUGAUAUUCUGGUGGCUUGUACUUGACUGGUCAGUGAUAUGAUAAAGAGAAAAACAAUAAUUGCAAAUGCAUCUACCUCUGUCACUAUUGAGCCCUUAGGCUGAUACCCACAUCUUAAUUAUUUAGUGUGAUUACCUGACUUCUCUCACAGGAAAAGCAGGCAAGCAGUUUAUUAUCAAAUUGCACUUGUGUUUAUCUGAUGGCACAUUCAAGCCUCACAGAUUUGCCCCAAACAAGAAUAACAUCAGACAACACUGGUUCAAAGGUGAAGAGGGCACAGCAGAUGAUGGUGUUGGUAAGAUGCUCUUAAAGUAAAACCAGUUUACGCUGCCCUGAAUAUCCUAUGCAUCUCACUAACAAACUAUAAAACUUUUAUCCAUCAACAUUAAAUUGGUAGUCAAGGCUAUUGCAAAAUCCCACAUCAUCAACUUGUCUACAGAGAUCAAGACUUGAUCAUUGUGUACAAGUUACAUCAUUGUUUUUGUAAGAAAUGCAUGCACAGGGAUGAACAUGUACUGGUCUAGCAGCUCUUGUAAGUAAGGAUUCACACAAAUCAUUGUUUUUUAAUACCUUUCCAGGUGAAAUUAUUUUCAUUUGUCAGCUUAAGGUAUUUCAUGGGAAACCACAAAUUGCAAUAAUUAUUUGUGGUUGGGCGUUACUUUCUAGUUUCAAGCUGCAGUGGUUUGAUUUAUUUUAGCAAAGGCAUUCAUUUUUGUCCCACCAUGUUGUUUUUGUCAGGUCAAAGUGCCUCACUUUUCUUGCCAUUAAUCUAAUCUAACUAGCACAUCACAGGUGGCUAUAGCAACCUAUUGCCUUGUGUGACCAGUGAGGGCUCUACCAUUUUUGUUGGCAAAAAAUUUUGCCAUAAAGUGUUUACUGCUGGAGGCCCUUUCUGCCAUCCAAACAUGAACCCUAAACUGCAAAUGCUAUGGCAAAAACCUGUCUAUGGCACAUCCUGAGGUUUGCCAUUAUCCGUUAACCAUGAGAACGCUGAUGCUAAAGGGCUCUCCUGGUAAAGCUGUCAGGGAUUAACAUGUACAGCGCUGUACCCCUUUGGGUAAUGGUCAGUGUGGUAUUGAUUUUCACCUUUGUCAUGAUCAGUUUUCCUCUCGUACAAACUAAGAGAAUUUCAAUUUUUAUUCUUUCAGUGAACCCUCCUCCUGUCUUGUUUUGUAUUUCAGACACAGGUAUACCAACCCCACAUUACAAUGCAUCAGUGUUGUCAGACAUGUUUUAUGAGCAACACCUUCAUUAUUUGUAUGACUGCCUGGUAGACUUCCCUGGAAUGAAAGAUGCUGUGGCACUUCUUAAAGUUUGGCUUCACCAGAGAGAAUUUGAUCAGGUUUGUUUCAUAAAAGUACAUACUUAUUGUCAAGGAGGUAAUCCAUACAACAAGUUACCCUGCUGGCAGAGUCGCUUCAAUCUUUCCCAAAGAAGUCGGGAAAGAGGAAGGCGACCUUCCUUUUUCCCGACUUAUCUAGGAAAGAUCGAAGCGACUCUGCUAGCAGGGUAACAACAAGUAGGAUGUGUAAGUAAAUUUUUUAGUCUCCUGAAUUUUUAUGACUGAUACAUUGAAGAAAUCAUUAUUUCAUUUAUACAGGGACUUGGUUGCUGUGGAGGGUUUUUAUCUUCUAUGAUGAUCGCAUAUCUACUGUCAACAAGGAAAGUUAAUAAACACAUGAGCUCAUAUCAGAUCCUUAGAGUUUUACUUCAUUUCCUUGGUAAGUAAUCAACACCAAGGCUGUCUUGUACGAAGAACUGUAGAGGGUGCCCAAAGCUUUGAACUCACAGUUUAUGACAUUAUGCAGCAUAUGCAUUUUACUAUGUUAAGACUAGAGAUUUCCUAGCUAGCUGCCCAUGGAUAAUAGUACACCAAAGGCCACCAGGUGCCCAAUGCUAGAGUACUGAGCCCUGGAAACACACUUCACCAUUUUCACAUUGCCCAUAAUACAACAUAUUUAUGCUACAGGUCAAAAUUCAAUUCACGUCAAAAUUUUUUAACCUUGGUUGAUUCUCUAUUCCUUUGUCCCCUUUAGCUAGCCCUAAUAUUAUUAUUCAUGAAUUAGGGCUAGGAAACAAAGGAAAUUGAGUUUCAACCUUUGUUAAAAAAUUUUAACCUGAAUAUAAUAUUAUUUUGACCUGUAACAUUUACCUCCCAUCUCCCACCUCCACCCCCGCCCAAAAAAAUGGAUAACCAUUGUUUCAAAUUUCUCCUGUUUAUUACAGUCAUCCCAAGAGAAAAUGAAGACAAUGGUUAUGUAAAUAAGUGGGGGACAGGGUUACUAGGUUUAUUAUGGGCAAUUUGAAAAUUGUAAAUAAAUAGUUUGCAUGUCAGGUAGUUUCCUUUUACUCAACUCCUUACUCGAUACUUAUCUGUGCGAGUACUUUUCAAGAUGUUAAGUCUCGAUUACUUUUUCCUUGUGUUCACUAUUGAAUGCACUACAUGUAGGCUCAACUGACUGGACCAAAGAGGGAAUCAUCAUGAGCAGAGAAAAAAAUGAAGAUAGUAAUUUGGUAAAAUGAUUGUUGGUUUAUUUUAGUUUUAACUUUCUUUUUCACCCCAACUCUGCCUACACAUGUCAUGACCUACAAUCUAAGAGUCACGAUCCACACAAAAAAACAGGUCUGUUUAAUUAAUAUGCGUCAAAACAUCUCUUAUGCUCUGGUAGAAAUGCAUGAUUAUAAACUCACCCUAUUAAAAGUUGUGAAUCAUUUAUUGGAAUGCAUCUCUAACUUGACCUAUUCUACUCAAUCUCAUUGGCCCAUUUGGUCCUAAGAAUUUUACCCAAAGGUAACUUUUGAGGCAAGUCGAGCCAUUUUCUGGUCACUGUCUGGCCAAGAGCCAAUUCUGCCAAAAAUGCCAUUUAUGGGACAAGCACUUUGCGCCCUUCUGUUCCAGAUGUAAACGUUAGCUCACGAGCUCAGUUCAGUUCAUGAGACAUGGCUGUGUGUAAUUUUUUCAACCCACUUGUUGUUGUCAGGAUAUCAGCUGAAACAGUGUAUGUCAAACUUGACCUAUUACAUGUACAUAAGUAUACUGUCAGCACAUGAAAGUUUUGUGAUACAUGUUUAUGUAAUUGCAGCCAUCCAUGGAAGAUUUUGAUUCUGCCUAUGAUGUAGUAUUUAUUGAUCCAUCUGGUUAUCUUAACUUGUGCGCUGCGAUGUCUGCAGCACAGUACCAAAGAGUAAGUACCUGUUGGUGUUGGCAUCUGAAAAGGCAGUCAAAUUUAUUAUUGUUUACAUGAAAAACUGCAUCCUGAAAUUAGUAAGUUAUCUGAAAAUACAAUGAGGACUCAGAAAAUAAAUUUUGUACAGGGACAGGCCAUGCCUUGGUUGGUUUAUUUGCUUGUUCUUAUUCUGUUACUUUUUAUGCAACAAGGUUGUUAAUUUUGGUCAAAAAGUGUUUAUGACACUUAAACGAAGAAAUGAAAUUUUCAGAUAUUAGACAGCUUUAUGCUGUUUAUGUUCAUUUCAUUGCCUUUUUAGACAAGUUAUUGGUAGAACAGGCUUUGGAAAAGGCUUUUUUAAUGGAUUUUUUUUGGACAAAAAUUUAAUGAGUUGUCACAUAUUAAUCAUUUUUAUUCUUUGUAAUAGUGGACCUUCCCUCUGGUCUUUUAAAACCCCAAGCGAAAUUAAUCAGAACAGAAUUCGAAAUUUAAAAUACUUGGUAACAACUGAAAGGAAAGGAGGAAUAAAGGUGUGUGAGAACAAUGGACAUGUGCCCCUUUACCUCCCCCUUCCAUGUCCCUCACGAAUGCCUGCCACAUACACAUGGGGUUAGAGAAAGUACUAGUUUUGAAUGGUCAGUAGAAAGAACAAAUAACUAUUACACGGCCAAUCUCGGAACCUCAGAAUGUUAAGCAAUUGUAAAAAUGCUUUCUUUCCAGCUUUGUCGUAUCAUUUAUACCGGUAUAUUUAUUUGCAGUUACAACAUGAAGCCAGGUUGUCAAUGGAGUUUUUGGACAACAGGUUUCUGGAUGGCUUUGAAGUUCUUUUCAUGAAACCUGUCCCAUUCACACAAACCUUUGAUCAAUUUUUGUUGUAAGUUUGUACAUUUUAACAUCACAAAAGCAUUGUUUGAUUUUAUCUUUUACCAAGCUCUGACCAACCUGGUUCCCAGUGUCCUCUCCUUCUCAUCUCACCCUGGAAGCCGAGUAGUAGAGGGCCCUGGGAGUGAGGUUGAGCUCUGACCAUUGUUGUCAUUGCAAAUUUCCAGGUUUAAGUGUGUAAAUCUUGCACAAAGCUGGUGUUUUAUGAUGUCAGAGAGUUCUGUUGGUUGCAAUUGUAUAUGGGGGAGUUAUUUGCAGAGUAAAAUCACUUUUUCACAUCCAAAUCCUUUUUAAAUGGCUCUCGAUGUGUGAUUUUUUGUGUGUGACCUGUUUUGUAGAAUUCCAAAUAUCAGUGAUCUCGAGGCCAUUUGUGAAAGAAAUGACCUUAUGACCCACUUGAUGGAUCAUCCUGGAGAUUGGACCCCAGUUAUUGCUGAUUGGCUGCUUCACCUUGUCACCAGAGGUCUGGGAAAGCGAGUUGAAAUUCUGUGUUAUAAGCCACAAACGUCUUACCAGGUAGCUCAAAAUACAUCCCUAUCAGUACUGAUUGUAACUUUCAUUACCAAAUACUCCGAAUUCUGUGGAGAGUUUUAGGUGAAUUUCAGCUCUACGUAUAACCAUAGUCAUCAUAUUGAUUUCCAACCUUCACCGCUUAGAACACCAGAUUUGUCAGUGCUGUGUACUUAUGGAACACUGUCACGAAGAAUGAAAAGCCCAAUAUGAAAACAAUGCUACAAAUGUACUUGUUGUUUAACAAGUACCUGAAAGUGUAAUUAAACUAUUUAAACUAUUCAUUUAUUUAUUUUCUUUCACCAUAAAAAAAAUAAGGAGAAGGAAAGAAAGUGGAAAAAGUUACGUAAAAGUAACCUCAUGCUGUCACGGAUAACUGCAAAUAGUACUUUUCUGCUUUCCUUUCAAUGAUUCACCUGGAAACUGUUCCUUUGGUGUUGCAGCUUCCGCUGCUACAAGAGAAAAAAUACUCGGUCAUAAUUUUAACAAACCUUAUACUGAGAAUUCCCUUGACAAUGCAGUUGUAAGUGUUUUAAACGGUGCGUCUUUUGCUGUAUGUAACCAAAUUAUUUAUUUUUCAUGCUACACAGUGGCCUGUAAAUAAAUCCCCGCCCUCCACAAGCCAGUCCAGUCUCACGCUGGGUUUGAUGCUUAACUCUGAUCAUGCGCAAUCCAUCCUUGACACCGGGCCGCAAGCUGACAGUGUAGAGGUUAGUGGGUUUUGUUUGUGUGUUGUUUGGUUUGUUUGCUGCUGAAUGAUAUCGCUUCCUUUGGUAAUUAUUCCACAUGAUAUCGAAGUAGUUGAACAGUGAAGAAAAAUAAAAUCAUUUUGUAGUGGGGUCUUUUAUCCCCAUCUGCCGUGUAGAUGAUUGCUCAUUUGAACCAGCAUUCUCAAGAUUUUUGUUUGUUUUUCUUGAGUGGAAAACUACUUUUUCACAAGACCGUCGAACAACGUCAACCUGACUUCCUUCUGAUUAAAAUCGUACUUUUUCCGCUUUUUAUUUUUCUAUUCGUUCAUUCUUUUCCUAGGCGAAGUCUUUCCGUGCGUUUUGGGGCGAGAAGUCAGAUUUGCGGCGAUUUCAGGACGGUUCGAUUCUCGAGGCUGUUGUGUGGCCUUGUAACAGUGUUGCAGAAAGAAGAGUCAUCUGUGAAAGGAUUAUUAAGCAUCUUCUACACAGGUGAGGUCUUACAGCUAUGUUGAAGUCGUAGCAAUUACAAAGACCAGCCGGAAGUCAGGCCGCAUUGCCUUUUAUGGCACGCUUUAAUACUCUUCGUAACUCUCCGUGUCAGGCACAUUGACAUAUUUCUAUGUUGAAGGUUUUUGUUAUCUAAAAGGUAUCGCACCCGGCUUGACAUAAUUGUCAGAACAUGUCUUUAGAAAAUCAGUGGUAUUGGCCAAAAAGCCUUUAUUUUUUCGCUUAUGUAGUGAACUUUGAACGACAGGAAGUACUGGAAGGUUUUCUAAGACACACUCUCACGGUCUGAUGUUUGGUUUUUGACCUGUAACUGAAUCCAUGAAAAGACUAGCACAAUCAAAACCCGCUUUACGGACACCCACUUAAUACGGACACCUCAUUAUUACGGACAGUUUGCUUUGUCCCUGGGGAAAGAAAGCCCAACUCCCUUAAUACGGACACCUCAUUAUUACGGACAGUUUGCUUUGUCCCUGGGAACCCUUACAUUUUCUCUAAAUUCAACCCACUUAAGACACCUCAUUAUUAAGAGAAAACCCUUACAGUUUUCCCUAAAUUCAAUCCGCUUAAUACGGACACCUCAUUAUUACGGACAGUUUGCUGUCCCUGGGGAAAGAAAUCCCGUAUAUUUUCUCUAAAUACGGACACCCCGUUAAUACGGACACUUUCUAUGGCCCCUUCAGUGUCUGUAUUAUGGAGUUUGACUUUACCAUCAUCCUUAUACGCUUCUUGUCACAUUUCUCACUUUGGAAUUAACCUUAACUUAUAUAAUAAUAAUAAUAAUAAUAAUAAUAAUAAUAAUAAUAAUAACUUUAUUAAUCUCCUCAAAAAGGCUUUUCAGCUUAAUUUACAAUGCCAAAUAUCUAAAACUUAGUUUUCCAAAAAUACCCUUAAAAAAUGCUGUUUUAUUUUAACUUUAAAUACAUCUAAAUUAGUGAUAGACUGAAACUCGUCUGGGAGACUAUUCCACAGCCUUUGGCCUCUGAAGGUAAACGCGCGCUGACCUGCAGCCGUCCUACAGAGUGGUAUAUGUAGGCAGUCCCUAUUCCUAGUGUUGCAGUUGUGCACUUUCGAUCUGGUUUUAAACUUUUUACGAAGAUAUGGAGGUGCAAGUCCAUUUAUGUCAAACCCAAAAUAAAACUCAUUUCCCAGAAAUCUGCACAUUUCGUUUUUUAUUGCGGUUUAUUUCGAUAAGACACUUGAUUUUCUUCUUUCUUGUGUUCACGUAUUAACAAAAACCAUUUCUUAUUUCCAGACAUGGCGGAGUUGAUCCAAAAUCAGUGACUUAUGUAGCAAAUCAGCUGGACUGUGUGCUACAGACCGCUGACUCCAGAAACAGUGGCACAGGUGAUGAGCAUGCUCAGAAGGUGAUCCAGGUGUACGACGCAUUAUGUAAACAAAUCCGUGCUUUGGAUUUGCCACUCAAUGUUAACACGCUUCAGGGAAUAAGUCCUGUUUUCAGGGGUGCAGAGGUAUGGCAAAAAAAUUGUUCAAUCUACAAUGCAAGUAUCAGAUUUAUUAUUGUCCUGUAAUACCAUGAUAAAGAGAUUUGAGAUUACUUCGUUUUAGCGUUGACAAAACGUCAAACGAUUGAAACCCUAGGAUGUAAAUUGCCUAGUCCCUAAGCUUCAUUAUUCCGCGCGGGUCACGUGACCCGUUCGCCUCGGAUACGUCACCGAAAUGAAUUGACCGAUAGGGACUGGCAAAACGCCGUACAGUGACUAGGCAAGGAUGUAAUGUUAUUGGUUUAGCGAGGGGGAAGGCAAAUGCAGGCCGCGUUUGAUUGGUUUAGUGGACGAAGACAACGUUCGCAAGCGUGUCCGACAGCUUUGCCCAAAGCCCUCCGCUACAAUCGAACCUCCACUAACGCCCACCUCUCUACAAUUGCCACUUCUUGGUGGACAGUCCAUACAUUGACUCAACGGCCACUUCCUUUUGUCUCCAUGGUUGAGAGGUUCAACUGUAGUAAAAAGCGAAACAGUAUUCAGUUCUCUGCGCACUUUCUUCUUCUCCCUGUCCAGUCUUCUAGUGGCAUAAUAGCGGGCCUAUACGGGGGAUAAGGCGCAAAGCGAACGGAUUUCGAGCUUUAUAGUUAUGGUGUUUUUGACGUCAAUCAAGCAGUUAUCUAGUGUUUGGGGUAUAGGGUGGCAACCUGCAAGACAACAGACUGGGAUGACUGGGUAUCCUGGCGGUAGAGCCUCCAGCGCAACCCGUCGAAGCCCCCGAGAGAAAUUUUUUGCAGCCCCAUAGCUCGCUCUGUCGGCUCCGCUGCAAAAUACUCGCCGGAUACCCCAAACAAAUGAGCCUGCUUACAGGCUAGUAGUAACAUAGAACGAGUAUUUUAGUGGAAAAAGGUGUAAUGCAUUUUUCGGACCCCUUAGCUCCUUUAAGGGAACACUCCUGUCUCUGGCUACCUUGGCUGUGUUAUCUGUGUUGCCGUUACUGAUAUAAAGUGUGCUACUAGAUUUCAUACUUGAUGAAUAAUUGCACCUUUAUCUGUUUUUGAUUUAGGUAAUUCCUCCAAUUCCUUGCUUCAAAAACAGCAAAAUAAAACCAUUUGCAGACGAAAGAAAGUUAGCGGAUAAUGUACUUGUUCCCUCGGAAACUAAAAACAAUUGUUGGUGUCCAGCGAUAGAAGGUAAUAAACGGCAUUGCAGUGUGUUUUGGGCUUCCUUAUCGUAACUACAGAACGUAACUGCUUUACAGUGAAAAUUCUCGACAGUCUGCAUAUCUCAUAACCUCCCAUGCAGGCGUUUGUGGGGAGGGACGAAAUAAGAGCUCCCCUAAAAACGCCUGCGUAAGAGGCUACCUAUCUCACGAAACCCUUUUUGCUUGCGUGGUUGCACGGUAGCCACUUUUUGCCGACGCUGCCCGAGAGUGAGCGGCAUUUUGGUCACGCGCCUUACGUCACUUGAUAGCUAAAUUGUACCGUCGGGUACAGCACUGCAGCGGGAACAGUUUGUCGUUAGUGACCGCCCGUGGUACUUGGAAAAAGUGCUCGUUAACAGGGCUCGAAAAAAUUUGUAUUCCAGCUUGUCCUCUGGGUAAGCAGCUCUAACAUUUUGCUUGCCCGUGACUGCUUCUUGCUCGUCUUAGUUAAUGAUUUAGCUGACUCGCCUGGACCCUUCCCCAUUGGCAGGUAAGCUUUAAAAGUUACUUGCCCAGCAAGAAAAUCUUCUUGUCCCGGACUGCGAACAGGACUUUUUUCGAGAUUUUUGUCGAUUUUACAGGGUUAUGAACCGAACGGUUACUGAGAGCAACUGGUCGCAUGCAACAGUAGCCUAACGAUUGUUGUGAAUUGCUAUGCCAAAUCGUAGCUAACGGAAAUGGCCUGAUUGACCAUUUUUAGGCCAAUCACACAGUGUAGCAGUGCAAACUACUUUUCAGUGAUACUCAGUGGAUGAGUCACGUGACGCGACAAGAACAGCUGCGUGUCAGACUAUGGAUGAAAUGGCUGGAUGAAAUGGAAAAACAGCCUGACCUUGAAAUUGAUUGAAUACCUCUUAUCACACUAGUAUUUUAUCACUUUGUGAGGUUAGUGAGGCGAUGGUAAAGAAGCCUCUUAGUCUACAGACAAACACUUUUGUAAUUGCUCUUCCUAACAGUUGUAUUGCAGUUCGAGACAAGUGGUAAAUGGCCUGAUGAUGUGACGGCUAUCCAGCAUAUAAAAGCUGCCUUUCACAUCAGACUAGCGGAAUUACUCAAGACAGAGUACUCAUUAGUAACUGCUGUAUCACCUAAACACGUGGAUGUGCAUAAGGUUAGCAAGUAAUGAUUUUGAUGAUAAUGAUGAUGAUGACCAUGACGAUGAUAGUUAUGCGCGGUGCUGAACAAUACAUUUUCCAUCUUUUGUGGCUGGGCUUGUUUUUCAAACAAUAUCCCAAACAAGGCUUCUGGAAAGGACAUCCCUUGUAGCUAGUAUGAUUUCUUUUUGUUGAUUCGUUUCCCUUUCUUCCUCUGAUAAACCUGAUCUAAGAAAUCUUGUGAUUAUGUGCCGAUUAAUCCCCUUUCCCUUACCUGUCUUGUCGUCGUAAGCUACCACGAAGUUGUUGAUUGUCGCUGGCUCCUGUUAAUGUCGCACAUUUGUGUAUCCUUUUUUCUUUUUUUUUUUCUUCAUAAGGAUGGGUUUGUAUUCAGAAUAAAGAUAAUGCAUUACAGAGAAAUGGUGCUGCUGCAGCAAUGUGCCGCCACUAAAGAUGGUAAAGCAAAAGACGACAAGGCAGCUAGAGAACUUGAAAGAGAAAUAAUACAUCUGCCAAUCUUAACAAGUACACUCCAUGGGUAGGUCAAUAAUCAGGUACUAUUUUUCUGCAAAUGAGUUCGUAAUGAGAUGAAUGUCGAAUUCUCUCCAUGUCACUCCUUGUCUUGUAAAUCAUCCGAAAACAAGUUCUAAUGUUAAUUUAUCAUCACGUGUUUCCAGUACUGCUAUUGGUCCAGUCAGGAAAAUGGCAAUCAAGUCUCUCCUUAUGAUUAUACCCUUUUUUCGCGCUUGACACUAGUUACCUAGUUACAUGUUCCCGCGCUUUUCAUACGUACAUAUACAAAAAACCUUUAUUUAUACGCGAUGAAAGUCAAAGCUUACAGCCUGUGUGAUCUCACUUCUUGUUUCCCGCGUUUUUCAGCGGCCAUUUCUUGCGGGUGGCAUCUGUUGAAAUAGACCUUGUAGGUUUUAUUUACCCAAUCCAGACCAGGUGAAGUUCUCAAGGGACUUUGCCUUCUGUCUUUCAUUAGUUAUGCACGAAUAUGCACGUGGAUAGCGCGCCUUUUGUAAUAUACAGUUCCCAGGGGUAACAUCACAUGGUCUGAAAUGGGAAAACAAAACAUACAAGCUAAAAAGGUCUAUUCACCAUUUUCACAUACACCAUAAUAUAUCUUGUUUACUCCUCCCCCCUAAAUUUUGCGUAACCGUUGUUUCCAAUUUCUCCUUGGUACAGUCGUCCCAAGAGAAAUCGAAGACAACAGAUAUGCAAAAUUUUAGGGGGUAAACAAGGUGCAUUAUGGCCUAUGUGAAUAUGAUGAAUUCAGCAAAAUUUUGAGUAUGGUUAGUUUCAUUUGAUUGUUGUUUUGUUUUUCACGCUUUAGCAAUUUUUGACAAGAUUGUAUUUCACUGACGCAGAUUUUUAACCGUUUACCUUAACCUUUCUCUUUCAGUAUAGAACAACAGUUCACUGCAUUUAGUGGAACGGUGCGCUUGGCCAAGCGAUGGGUUUCUGCUCAGCUGCUUUAUGAUCACGUGACUGAAGAAUGUAUCGAAUUACUUGUGGCUUCCCUGUUUCUCUCUCCAGCCCCUUUCACUUCUCCAAGGUAACAAACCAAAUUUAAAGAAACGGCAAAUUUAGUGUGGUGAUGUUUAUUAUGGCAGUUGGGUACUUUUUAAAUAAUCAUCCAACAGAAAAUAACACCCCCCUUUAUUUUCUUGGUCAAGUUUGCGAUUUUCGGUAAAACUGUCAAAAGUGAAACCAAAACCAAUCGUGCCUCGCUUGCACCCCGAUUUUCCCGCGCUUAGCGCCGUCUAUUGGUAUUUGGUUCGCGAUUUGAUUUAUUCACCAGAUGGUCUUUGGUUCUUGUCAUUGGCUAUUUGAAUAUAAUUAUGCCGACUUGGAAUUAACAAUAAUGCUGUAUUUGAAACCGCCUUCUCACACAAUUUAUGAAAUCCUUUUUUGCAGGUCUCCUUUCGUUGGUUUUCUCCGAUUCCUUCACCUUCUUUACUCUACUGACUGGCAUUCCACUCCUGUCGUCCUGAAUUUCAAUAACGAGAUAUCCGGUAAGUAAAUAUUAGGUUUCUCUCAUCAAAUAUAUAUUUUUUUACAGAAUUUCCGUGAAAAAAGUAUUUUAUGUCUGCAUUCAUUGACAUUGAUCAGUUUUGUUCUCUGUCCUCAGCGGAAGAAUACCAGGAAAUAACCUCAAAGUUCUCAAAUAACAGAGCACAGCUUCCGACUUUAUUUAUUGCAACUCCUAAAGACAAGUUUACUUCGUUGUGGACCAAGGAUAAACCUACCACGCAGGUUUGGUUUUAAAUCUUUCAGUUACCAAUACCGCUUUACCUUUCCUGAUAAGAGGUGAUUUUUCUGUUUGUUAUACCCAUUUUGAAAUCACUGGUGAUCCCUGCAAUCUGUUUGGCUCCAAGUAGUGUGAUUUACUCAAGAAUCACACCAUAUUUUUUGCUCUGAAAUCACAUCUGUUCUAAAUCGCAUUAUUUCUGUUUUAAAUCGCAGCAUAUUCAGUUGCUCUAUAUCGCGUUAUUUCUGUUUCAAAUACCAAAUGAGAUGUAAGAGCCUUUUUGUCUCCACUUUUCAACAAACCGGCUACAAGAUCAAUAAAAUGUUGGUACUGACUGAAUUCUACGAUUUCAAAAUGGCUGUGGUAAAGUGGUAAUUGAACUUCGUUUCCUGCAAUUUUGGUCUGAAAUCAUACUUGUGAUUCCAAUCGAACUCGCGCUGGGCGCUCGUCCCGUUUUAAUAUCUCGCGUAUGAUUUCGGACCAACUUGCACUCUACUCAGUUCAAUUACCAUUAUGUAUUCUGCAUAAUAAGUGUUUUCUUGAAAAGGUAGUGAUUCAUAUCAGUUUUGUCUGUUGUUGUUGUUGUUGUUUAUUAUUUUUUUUCUUUUCCCAAGUUUUGUUCUCUCUUUUUUUUACAGAUUCUUAACAGACUUUCCUUGCUUGCAAGAGAAUCCCACUCGCUUUUGAAACGACAGAUUGAAACAUGCGCUCUGCAGACGACAGACUUUAAGGUAGGAAACGCAUGGUACCCGAUGGUACCCAUAAAUUUCUGCUGGGACGAGACGGAGUUGCGCCGGCUCAUUUUCCGAACAGCGGCUAGCAGUAAAGCCUACGCGAGCGAUGAGAGUCGGCUCUAUUCGCAAGCCAUGUCACUAAAACACUUGAACUUAAAUUAUAAUCACUGAACCACUGAUGUUGUUAUGUUACUCUCGUAUUGUUGUGCUCAUAUUUUAGCAAAUCUUCCGUCCUCCAUUGGAUCACUAUGACGUCAUUGUUCACCUCCACAGCGGCCUCCUUCCCCGUGGAAACCAGGCGCUCGAUCGCUUGAAACCGGUGACGGAACCAGCCUCGUUAUUGCGUCACUCAGUUUUACUUCCGGUCGUGAACUUCGACCCUGUUCAGUUGUACGUUAGGGAACUCAAGGUGAGCAAUUAGUCUCUGAUGGAGAACUAACCAAGUGACGUAUGGGGUAAUGUCGCCUCCGUUUAAGUUUCCAAUUACAAAUCUUUAACAGGAGACGCCGGAAUAAGGUUUAAGCGCGGUCACUGAGCUCACUGAAAUGUCAAAAAUGUUUAUUCUUCCUGAUCAAAGUACUUGUGUCAAGCCAUUAUUGCAAUCACAGUUUUCAUUUUGUAAAAUAUUGAAUAUCAAUGUUACUACGAAGGUGCUGUAGAGUUUUCUAUAUAAAUAUGGCCAUAAGGUUUUAUCCGCACAUUUCAAUGACAGAAGUACAUUGCAUGUCUUCUUAAGGUGGUACGAAAGGCUAAAACCUCAAAAAGUACCUCGACUCUUUUUUUUCGUUAAUAUGAAAGUUUAGAUAUAGAUUUAGAAAUCUCCAAAGAAUGGGGCUCUAUAAUACGUUGGUUUCUGAGAAAUGGAAGUUCAAAUCUCUUCGAUAGUGGCGCCAUUUUGCGACGUCAUAUUGGAUUCACACACGCACACAUUCUGAGAUACAUUGCCUGUAUACAGUAUCCGUCUACCUGAAACAGCUGCACAGAAUUUAGGGAAAGAAAGAGUUGAAUGCCAAAAAAAACAGCUUUUAAAAACCCUCAAACGUCUGACCUUUUUCAGUUUACUGUAUUUUUUCAGGAAGCCUUUUCGGACAUCGCCCUCUUCUUUUAUGAUGUAUUUGGAGGAGACUUUGUUGGAGUUAUAUGGAAGCCCCACAGUUUUGUUCCAGCUCAGUUUAAGGUAUUAACUACACUAAGUUACUUUAGUAUGUCGAACACCAUCUACGUUUCAUGAGUAGUGGUGCAAGUGCAAAUAUUGUUCCCCAGUUGUAGCCAGCAUAGGAAAUAAAAGACUAUGAACUUAAGUGAGUUAAGUCCAUGAAACGUUCGGCGCCUGGCUCAGCUAGGUUCGUCUGAAUGAGUUAGGAUCGUCCAACAUGUUCGAUCCGUCAGCUUCAGACGGAUAGAACGUCUGAAAAUUGUCUCCGAGACAAACGUCGAUGUUCACACGCGAUAUACUAAACUAAUGAAUCAAAAAUUUGUAUGAUAGUGUAUAUUAAGCCUUUUUCGGUAGUUCUGAUUCAUUUGAUUGGUUCGACGCGUCCCAAGUUCGACGUCUGACCCAACAGACGAUCUUAACUUACUUCAUGUCGACCUAAAUUAGAGUUCGGUUCGUCUCAUGAAAAGUUCGACGUUUAACCUAGGCCUUAGGCUGCAAAAGCCAGAUGGUAUGAAAAGAAAUAUAACAACUAUACAGUCGAAGCUCUCGUAAGCGACCACCUCGGAAAUUCGAAAAAGUGGUCGUAACUAGAGCUGGUCGCUUGCGAGAAUGAGCUCUCGUAAGCGACCGCAUGUUAAAAUAACCGAGGAUUGUCGCUUACGAAAGCUUCAGAAACUCAUUAAUAAUUCAUAAAGAAAAAACAAAAAAAUAAUGUUUAAUGAGUGUUUUUAUACCUGAUAUAGACACGGCUAAACUUUACGUCCAGUUUUUUUACUGGUAUGAAUAAGACUGUGAGGGAUAGCUUACGAGCGCUUAAAAACGAAGGAAAAGUGCAGUUGGGUAAUCCCAAAAGUGGUCGCCGUCGCCUACGGGAAUGGUCCCUUACGAGAGCUUUUAAUUACAAAGUUUAAGCCACAGCUCAAACGGGCUUUCACAAAGGUGGUCGUAACUAGAGCUGGUCGCUUAUGAGAGUGGUCGCAAGGAGAGCUUCGACUGUAGGUGGGUGAACAAAAUAGAACUGUGUUCUGAUGGUCUAUUUUCUUUUCCUUGAAUUUCACUAGGUGCUACACUCUCAGUGCAAAAUGCCUUUAGACAACGCCAAAUCAAGUGAAAAGGUUAGAAACUAUUUAUACUAUGUUUAACGUUAAUGACUACAAGUAUGUGAUUCUUAUCAGUCAGGUUGGAUGAUAAAGUAAACAAAACCUGUGAUUGAAUCCGACCGGUGAUAUUGAUAAGAAUGACAGACUUGUAGUUUAUGCAUGCAAGUCGUAAGUGUUUGCUCUUUCUUUGGCGCUGUAUAACUGAAGUACUACCGCAAAAUUCCGCUGAUGAUAAUCUGGGGGGCUUUGAGGGGCUUAUAUACGGAGGUUCUUAUUGUAGGAGGGGGAUUUUUACGUUUCAAAGAUCUGUAUCACCAAUUUUGUAAUGUGCAAACGAUAAUAUAGGUGCAUCGACUUCAAACACAACAGCAAGGACUUGACUAAAACUAAAAUUCCUUACAUAUUAUAAAUGGCAAAGCAAAUGAGUAACCACUAAUGGUGUCUGCAACGCCAUGAAGUACCCCGUAAAAUGUAAAUCCAGUUGAUAAAUUUCAUAAGGUGAGUCAAAGUUCAUAGAAAUCGAGGUUUUGUAGUAGUUCCUGUAAGUGUUCCGAUAUGGUGUGGCUUAUUUUGUUUGUAUAUUUGCGGGUAAUUGUCAAAUAUACUGCACUGGGGGUUAUACAAAGGGGUCAAUUUUCGGAAUUUUACGGCGCUUAUGAGUUACUUUGAAAAUUUAAUAAGGUCCAUAGUGUUGAUGGUUUUCGUUCAUUCGUGCAAAGGUGGUAAUUUGUUUAUUUUGUCUUGUUGUAUUUAUUUCAGUCCAAACAUGUUCCCAGUUUGGUCGUUCCUAAUGUAUCAGCGGUCUUGACAGAUUUUCAGACUAUCGGAGAGGGUCUGGUAAAGAAGAUUGAAGUGGUGAAUGCGUGAGCGGCAGCCAGAUCUAAAUACUUGCAGUUAACAGUUAAAUUGCAGUUGUUGUUUACUGUAGAGAAAGAUGCGAAUAAUAACUCUAUUUCAAAUAAAG